GAAAAAUGGCUGCCUAACGGGUCAAAAGUGCAAGUUGGUGGACAAGUUGGUGCAAUUAUUUCACCUUUUCUUUGGUCCAACUUGUCAUGGAUGCAUUGGUUAACAGAGUGGAAGUUUGUAAGAAAAGAAUGCAGUGCACCUUGAAGAUUUGAAGUUUGUUCUUGAUGGGAUUAGUGUCAGUAAUAUAGACAGUAGGAUACACAUUACAACCAAGAAUUGUGAUGAUCAUUCUAUAAAGUUCAUCUUCAUAACCUAUUCAGGAACUCGAGGUCUGGACAAUAAGCAUGAAGCUUAACCAAUAUCUGCAACAAAGAGAAAUUGGAUUCGCCCGAAAGACUAAUCGGCUAAAAUCUACAAAAGGAUCUGAAACAUUAGUGUCAAAUGAAAAUGGUGUCAGUUCAUUUAAAAACUAUCCUUGUAAGUUAUCUGGACAACCUCGAGCAACAUUUCUGGUUGAUUUUAGCACUGAUAGGACGAAAGUAGCAUCAACUCAUGGUGACCAUUCUGUGAGAGUAUCAGAUAUUGUCAGUGGAAAAUGUACUCAUGUAUUAGUAGGUCAUCCUCGUACACCAUGGUGUUUGGCUUUUCAUCCAUCAUCUAAUGAUAUUCUAGCUUCUGGUUGUCUAGGAGGAGAAGUCAGAAUCUGGGAUUUGUUGGGUGGUGGAAGUGAAAUAUGGCAGGCUCCAAAUAACACAGUAAUAGCAUCUCUUACUUUUCACCCUACUGAUCAUGUAUUGUUAUUUGCUACAUCCAAUUGUGUGUAUUUCUGGGACUGGAGUGAACCUGAACCAUUUGCUGUGUGUAGAACAAAUCAUGAAUAUGAGCGGGUUAGGUGGCUUGGUUUUGAUCCAUUAGGACAAUAUAUUUACACUGGUAUAACUAAUGUUAGUACAUUAGCGAGAGAUGACCCUCCCAAUGUGGUCCAUAUGAGAGAUAGAACUGGUCAUCAUCCCCAUUCAAGGUUGAGAAAUAACUGGUCUCGUUAUCAACAUCUUGUAGAAAGAUUCCAUUCUUAUCAACAAGAUAGGAUAAGAAACCGUGAAGAGGACGAUAUAGAACCACCUCCAUCUGCACUACCACAUCCAUUAUCACCUGUACAAUUAGAUGGUAUUAAUCUGGCUCGUCAAUAUGCUGCAGAGGUAACCGCGUCAUCAGCUAAUUCAAGACAUGGAAUAGUUAGACCACCACGUAGAAACUCUCCGCUCCCCAUUAAUUUUCUGUGGGAAAUAGGUGAAGGCGAAGGACAGUUGCCUCAACCACGCGAAGCUCCUAAUACAAAUAGGUACAGAGUUUUAUCUGAAUUGAGGAGUAGAAAUUGGAGUCCACCUCCACGCCCCUCAUCAGAUGAUGAUGACACUCGUGUUGAUGAUGAGAUUGAGAGAUUAAAUCGUUCUCAGCUACGGCAUGCAGAAGGUGGUCGAGCACGAACAAGGUAUUCACAUAGAGCCCCUUAUCAUACUAGAUCAGAUAGAUCGCACAGAAGACUUGCCAUACUUACAGAAGUCCUUAGACGACGGGGAAGAAAUCAUGAUGGUAGUAGAAUUACAAGCACUAGUGCAUCAGUACCUUCUCCUAGAGGAAUUACGAUAGUCUCAAGACCAUCGGAUACUAAUCAGGGAUUGUCCGCCAUUACUACCACAAGUUCUACUGAAUUCACUCCUAGAUUUAUUGACAGGUUGAAUCAUAUGAAUGAAGAGAUUCAACAGGUUAUUUCCUCAGCUUUAGAUCAACCACAGAGUACAUCCUCAUCCACACCAGCAUCCAUAUCUGCUCCACCAUCCAUGUUUACUGCAGUACCCCAUGUCACACCAGGAUUCCCACCAGCUCGAAUAACAGGCUUGAGAGCUUCAACUGCUGUCAGUCCUUCAAGAUUAUUAUCAAGUUCUGGGAUAAUGUCUACUAGCACAUCAUCAUCAUCUCUUUCCAACUCUUCUGGCUAUCCCUCUAGAGGUAUUACUUCUGUGGCACGUAGUAUCGAAAGAAGUAUUAUCAAUAGUUGUUUAAGUCGGCCAAAUCCCUUAGGUACUGACCCACUUAGGGAAAACUUAAAUGACAACCUGAUCGUUCGUAGACAGUCUGGUGGAGAAACUGGAAAUGAGAGUCCUGAUCUGUUUAAUUCUAGUUCGACUUCUAGUGUAGUACCAUCAACUGGAACAGAUCGAACAUCUGUUUCAGCGUCGUCAACAACAGGUGCAGAUUCCUCUAGUAACAUACUGUUUGUUGAUCAGCCCUUGCCGGCUCCAAUACCACGUCAAGAUGAAAAUACAAGUGAAAAUACCUGUUCUAGAACGCGAGCACCCCUUCCUUCAGAGAGGCAGUCAUCAGCUUUAUCUAGAAUACGUCGUCAGUUGGCAGCCUGUAGAAACUCCAGACAGAGGAUGCUUAGACAAGAACGCUUUUAUCUUUCUCGUACACCAUAUCCAGAAAGCUUAGGAAACUCUACAGUUACUAGUAAUAGUCAAGAACCAACAUCUGAUAUCCGUUCUGACAGAUUUUCAUUAUCUCAUACUCUAACAUCUACAAUAUCCAGUUCUUUAUUUUCGCUGGGUAGAAUGAUUAGUGCAACUGAUACUACUACUAGCAGCAACACUAGUAGUAGUGGAAUAUUCUCAUCUACAGCUGCAACUCGACCUCUUCUUUGUCCUCAUUCUCACAGUAGAACAGUUGUUACAGAUCAAACUAGUCAAACCACAGGAGCCAUGAAUCUUCCUGAAUGUUCAGAUCAAGGUACUGAUGUAGUUGGCUUGGAUUUACAUGAGGAAACAGAUGUAGUUUCAUCUGAGCAGGAUCUGGAAGAUUUACUGAUGGAUGAUGAAUCUGAAACAGACAAUCCUAAUUUCUUUUUGUAUGACAGCGACACAAUAACAGAUAGCUCUGUUACGAUUGACUCACCUGAUGAAGCUACUCCAAAUGAGCAGGAUGAUUACCAAUCCUUAGAUUUAACAAAUAUAGUUGAAAUGGCAGAGGAGGACCUCCCUAACCAGGAUGGUAUGACCAAUUUAGGUAGGGACAAUCCAGAUUGUGAUCAAAAUGUUAAUAGUGUAUCUAGUUCAACAAGCAGUGCUAACAAUCUUCAACCAGUUUCAGCAUUAGGUGAAACUUCAGUGUCUGUAACAAGUGCAAAUAACGAGUCAUCCUCGUCAAGUGAUUUGGCAUCAGUUUCAAGUCUUUGUCAGUUUGUGAAUCACUACAAUCAGAGUUCUCCAAUUAAUAUACCAUCUAGUCUUACUGACACAUCGACGCUUACAUCAGAUGAACGGUCAACUAUAUCAUCAGCUCCUACUGCAGUAAGUAGCACCAUGGACUCAGAGAUGCACACACAUAUCAUAUCAAACAUUCCAUCUAAUACUUGUCCUUUCCUAUCUUCUCGUGCUACACUAUCUGAGUCUACUGAUACCAACCCAAGGCUAUCCACCAUAGGAUUAACACCAACCUCUCUCAGUGUCAGUAAUACAGUGGUUGUAUCAUCAACACCUGUAGAUGAUCCUUCCACUGAUAAUCCUGUAGAAGCACCUGCUACCUCUGCUUCUAAUGAUCCUUCAGGAAAUAAUACUUCAAAUUCGUUGUCUUCCUUACCUGAUGAGGAUUCUUCCCCCAACAAUUGCCCAACUCACUCAGUCCUCCGACAUCAUGCUUAUCUAGCAAAUGCUACAGCAAGAUUAGAACGGCGUAUUUCUGAAUUGGAUGUCCGGAUAGGUAGAUCCAAUAGUGCUAUCACAUCAUCAGGAUUAAAUCAUCGUGAGGAUCUAGCCAGCAUCACUGCUAGACUAGAAAGACAAGUUUCUGAACUAGAUCAGAGAAUAAAUGCACUGCGUGCAUCAUUCACAGAAAGACUUCGAGCACUUCAUCAAGAUAGAGAUAGGAUAUUAAGUAUGAGAGGACGUUUAUCUUCUGAACCAGAAGCUGUUCUACCAACAUCUACCUCUACAUCUACACCAUCUCUACCUGUAAUAACUAUAACUAGACCUAGAGAUGAAACUAGAGAUCUACCAACAUCUUCAUCCUCAUCUUUUCUUUCUUCAUCACAACCAGAAUCUGUAAACCGAAGUGGAAGAAGUAAUCACCAUAUGCUGGAAUCAUUUUUACGUGGUGAACCAACGCCCCAAAACAUAUCAUCCACUACUAAUAAUAUAAGAAGUAUACAUUUACCCUUAGAUCGAGGUGAACGGCCAUCUGAGGAUGAAAGUUGGCAUUCUUUACAACAGAUACAUCUACAUCCGCAUUAUUCUUCUUCUAUAUUAGAUGAUACUAUAAAUAGACCUAAUGAUGCUUUACAGGCUGCCAUUAAUAGGGCAAUAGCAGGUGCUUUUAUGGGAACAGGUGAAAAUGCUGUAGCUAAUAAUAUAGUCCCACAAUCUCAUAGAAUACAAUGGUGGGAUUUCAGGCAAUAUGAAGUACCCGAUUUAACAAAUAGUAAAUCCAAUGUAAUAGUAGGAAUGUGUAAAUUACAUAAUGAUGCUAGUUGUGAUAUAUCUCAGGAUGGAACUCGUUUAGCAACGUUUGUACCUAGUCAUCGAGGAUUUCCUGAUGAUAAUAUACUAGCUGUCUUUUCCUUAGAAACUUAUAACUUUGCUCAAUGUUUAUAUACUAAAAGUUUUGGUCCGAAUGCAAUAUCUGUGAGUAUAUCACCAAGAAACGAACAUGUUAUGAUUGGUCUAGCUGCUAAACGUCUUUCCUGGGUCUUUACAACCCAUCAGUUAGUAGCACAGGUCUACAAUUUAAAUGUACCACAUGCUGGAGAAGAAUCAAUGAAGCAUGUAACAGAUGUAUUCCAUACUUGUGAUUCUGAUGUACGAACACAUGUUAGUGUAAACUCUGCUAGAUGGUUACCUAGAAUGGGUGAAGGUAUAAUUUAUGGUACCAAUAGAGGAGAUCUGGUUAUAUGUCGUCCAUGUACAUCAAUUAUAACACUAAAAGUUGUAGCUGAUGAAGUAGGAACAUCUGCUACUUCAGAGAUAGAAACAGGUGAAAGUGGUAAUCCUAUCCGACGUAAUUUGAUGAACUUUUUCUUAAGUGACGAUUCAACAGCCCCACAAACAUUAACGGCUGGCACACAAACUAUUACUAGGGGAAUCCGACGUACAGCAGGUACACAGACAUCCAGUAGCAGUAAUCAUGAUAUAACGUUCUUAUAGCUUUAUCCAGGAUUUCAGUUGCUUCUAUUAUUGUAUUGAAAUAUACCAUAAUUUAGUGUUAAUUUUUGAAAAGCAUAGAAUGUUCAGUAUUUAAGACUCAUAAACAACUAAAAUUGUGGAACUUAAGAAAAAAAAAGGAUUCUUAAUGAAUAAUUGUGCUUUGAAAGUUCUAUGUCUACAAUUUGAAGAGACACAAAAUGAGAAGACCUUGUUCAUAUAUUGGGUGUGAGUAAUACUGAUUUGAUCUAGAGUUGUUGGAUUCUGGAACCAAAUAAAAUAUAAGUGUAACCAGUUUACCUAUUGUUUGUUAUUGAAAAUAUAUGAUGUGAUAUAUAAUUAUGUAAAUAUGUAAUCUGGUUGUAGAUUACUUCAAAAGGCUUUCUUUGUAAAUACCUUCAAGAAGUAUGUACAUGUAUACUUAAGAAAGCAGGACCUUUUAUAGUACUAAUAAUCCAUCUCACCAACUAAAUUAACACCCAAAUCCAAGAGAAUAUUUGCUUUUAAAUUAAUGAACUAAAUUUUAGGCUAAACAAAAACAAAUAUUCUGGUUCUCGGACAAUUCUUUAAUAUAAUCUGAUGCCGUGGGGAUGUUUUUUCAAAAGGAUCAUGUGACUAAAUUCAUUUCUCACUAGCAGCAUAUUUCAAGGUUUACAUUUUUCCCUGCAUCUGUCAUCGGUUUAUGUUGUUUUUUUUAUAGGAAUUCAAUUGCAUAAUUACUGAAACUUGUCCAGUGCCAUUUAUUAUGUCAAAAAUAUUUAUCUGCAUUGUAUACUUGAUAAGUGAGCAAACUUGCCCUUUGGAAUAUAACUGGAAAUAUCUGAGAAGAUUUACCUCCCUUUACCAUGGGAUAUAUGACAAUGAAGUAAUUAAAAUGGAUCACACCCUUUUUAUAUGAUGCAGCGGUAUCUGAAAACCAGAAUAUAUUUUUUUAAUUAGCCUUAGUUUUCAAUGUUUUAAAUAGUAUGGAAUGUAAGCUAUUUACAGCUGAAACUUUUAAUGCUUGUUAAUUUAUAUAUCAAUUUUGUACGUUUAAUUGUGAUUUGAUAUAAUAUUUCUAUAAAGAAAUUGGAAGCUUUUUUGCUGCUGUGUAACUAAAUUAAGAUAAUCUUACAUUUUGUGUAUUGUUCUUUUUACAUGAUAAUGCAUUGCUCUUAAUUAAAGAUGCAUUAUGUAAGAUGUAGAUAAAGAGCUGACAGUUCUCACUAUAACAGUUACAAACAUAGAUAAUGCAAAGGGAAUAUAUUGAAACUUACAAUAAAAUUACUUUAUUCUGAGCAAAGCUUAGGAAUGUUUGUUGUGAUAACAAUAGCAUAGUUUCAAUUUUCAUUGCUACCAUAAUAAACAAGUCUCGAUUAUCCGUUUUUAAAUUAAAUUGUUAAUUGGCGAUCAUGUUCCAAUCCAUUAAAAUUCACUACUAUCCGAGAUUCUAGAGAGUUAAUCAUUGGCUUGUCAUGUGCAUAAAUGUCUAAUUAAUAAUUUAUUUAACAUUUGAGGCCAAAAGAAAGACCUUCAAAUAGGCAGAUUUAGCUCUUACACAUAAUGCAUCUUUAAGAAAUCGUAUUGCUCAGUGCUAUGUAUCAUGUUCUUGUGCUACACAAGUUCUUAUUUUCUCAACAAAAGACAGUCUCUUUAUCAUAUUGUGACCAGGGACAACAAGAACAUGGUCAUAUAUGUUUAGAUUAUUAACAACUAAUUCUAAUAUAUGUUGCAGUUUUCUGCACUUUAUAGGCUAAUGUGUUUUGUAAACAAAGAAUACUCAACAUAUUAUAGGCCCUGUAUGUAUAUAGUCUAAGUUUGUAUGCCUAUAGGAAAAAGUAUUUUAAAGAAUUUAUUCUACUAUGUAUAUAUUUGUAUAUAUGUAUUUAUGAUUUAGGCAGGUGAGUGAGAAUGCAGAAGGCUUUGAAAGGAAGAUUUUGUACAAGAUUUUAAAAGUAAAGUUUGACAUCACUAGGAAACAUUGUACCUUAGAUAGAAAACUAUUCAUCUUUAUAUACUGUAUGAUAUUAUUGGGAAUCUGUAAAUGUCGAUAUUAAAGGAAUUAAUGAAAUAAAAAAUAACAGCUAAAUGUAAACAAAUUCAGCUACAAAAAUACAGACACCUUGAAUUUACAAAAAAUAAAUGAGACUUAUUUUGUAUUCAUAUAAGAAAAAACCCAACAGAACAUUGAUAAAAAUCAGAUUUAGAAUUUCCCUACAGAAAAGAGAAAAUAAAGUCUUACUUAAUAUA